GAGAUUUGAAGACAUUUAGGUGAGAAAGUCGUAGCGGAGCUGAUGGAGUGAGUGAGGACAGAAGGAGGAGAAAAAAGAGGAGAAUAAAGUGUGGACAGUUUAACGGAUAACGCAUUUAAAUGGCCGCGAUGUCUUCUUGUCUUCUUCUCUGCCUGCUGGCUCUCGCCUUUACCCGGAGCUCCGUGUCCGCCGAGCGGCGGAAGAUUAAUCCAGAAAACCUGCUGGUGAUCACCGCGGCAACAGAGGAGACAGAUGGAUUCAAACGCUUCAUGGGGACAAUCAGAGAGUUCAACUACACUUUGAAGGUGCUUGGCCUGGGGGAGGAGUGGAAGGGCGGCGACGUAGCUCGGACGGUGGGCGGAGGUCAGAAGGUCAGAUGGUUGAAGAAGGAGCUGCUCAAACACUCUGAGAAGAAAGACAUGGUCAUCAUGUUUGUGGACAGUUAUGAUGUCAUCUUUGCGUCGGGUCCAGAGGAGCUGCUCUCCAAGUUUUCCCGCCUCGGUCACCGAGUGGUUUUCUCAGCUGAGGGAUUCUGCUGGCCCGACCAGAGGCUGGCGCCCAAGUAUCCAGAGGUGCACACUGGGAAACGUUACCUCAACUCAGGAGGAUUCAUCGGCUUCGCUCCAGAACUCAGUGAGAUGGUGCAGCUGUGGAAAUACAAGGACAACGACGACGACCAGCUCUUCUACACCAAGAUUUACCUGGACAAGAAGCAGCGGACCAAGUUCAACAUGACGUUGGAUCAUCGCUCCAGAAUUUUCCAGAAUCUGAACGGAGCUGUUGAUGAAGUCGUCCUGAAGUUCGAGAGGGCAAAGGUCAGAGUGAGGAACGUCGCCUUCGACACACUUCCUGUCGUUAUCCAUGGCAACGGACCGACCAAGCUGCAGCUCAACUACCUGGGGAACUACGUCCCGACCGCUUGGACCUACGAGAACGGCUGCGGUAACUGCGAGGACAACCUGCUCUUCUUCAACGACGUACCUGACGAGGAGAUGCCUCUGGUCUACGUGGCGGUCUUCAUCGAACACGCCACUCCCUUCAUGGAGGAGUUCCUGGAGCGACUGGUGACACUCAACUACCCGAGCGCUAAGCUCCGCCUCUUCAUCCACAACAACGUCGUGUUCCAUGAACGUCACAUCCAGAGGUUCUGGCAGAGGCACAAGUCCUUGUUCCCCGACGCUCGGAUCGUUGGACCAGAGGAGAACCUGCAGGAGGACAAGGCCAGAACCAUGGCUGUUGCGGCGUGUAAGAAAGAUCCAGCGUGUGAUUAUUACUUCAGCAUCGACUCUGACGUGGCCAUAACAAACCCCGACAUGCUGAGGAUUCUGAUCGAGGAGAACAAGUCCGUCAUCGCUCCCAUGUUGUCCAAACACGGGAAGCUGUGGAGUAACUUCUGGGGAGCGUUGAAUCCUGAAGGGUACUAUUCCAGAUCUGAGGACUACAUUGAGAUCGUCCAGGGGAAGAGGAUCGGCAUGUGGAAUGUCCCUUACAUCACUCAGGUGUACCUGAUCAAAGGCAGCGUGCUUCGCUCCAAACUGGCCCUGGUGAGCCUGUACGUGAACGAGGGCAUGGACCCCGACAUGGUUUUCUGCAAGAGCAUCAGAGAUCAGGGCAUUUUCAUGUUCGUGUCGAACCGCGACGAGUUCGGUCGCCUGGUGACGUCGACCAACUUCAACACGUCCCGGCUGCACCCGGACAUGUGGCAGAUCUUUGACAACCCUACGGACUGGAAGGAGAAGUACAUCCAUGAGAACUAUUCAAAGAUCUUUGAGGAUGAGAAGAGCUUCGUGGAACAGCCCUGUCCAGAUGUUUACUGGUUUCCAGCGUUCUCAGAGAAGAUGUGUGAUCACCUGGUGGAGACCAUGGAGGAUAAUGGGGAAUGGUCCGGAGGUUCACACAAGGACGAACGUCUGGCCGGUGGUUACGAAAACGUCCCGACUGUGGACAUCCACAUGAACCAGAUCGGGUUUGAGAAGGAGUGGCUUAAGUUCCUCAAAGAAUACAUCGCUCCCGUCACAGAAAAACUCUACCCUGGAUAUUAUCCUAAGGCUCAGGCCAUCAUGAACUUCGUGGUGCGUUAUCGUCCGGACGAGCAGCCAUUUCUCCGGCCGCAUCACGACUCGUCCACCUUCACCAUCAACGUCGCACUCAACAACAAGAACAUUGAUUACGAGGGCGGAGGCUGCAGGUUCCUGCGUUACGAAUGUACGGUGGAGUCUCCGAGAAAAGGCUGGUCCUUCAUGCACCCGGGACGACUGACGCAUUAUCACGAGGGUCUUCCCACCACUAGAGGCACCAGAUACAUCAUGGUGUCGUUUGUUGACCCCUGAUCUCUGUGUGUGUCUGUGACCCAGAAUGCAUCACGUUAGCCUUUUUGUUUUUUUUGUUUUGUUUAUUUUAUGAUGUUUUUUAUUUUACUUGAACGAGUGUGGUUGUUAUUUUAGUGCGCCCUCAUGUGGUGUGAUGACGACAUAUCGGAGAUAAGGUGCGAUGAAACCGACUGCGAAGCGAUAUUUGACGUUACACGUUUUGUUUUACGUGGUAACUGGAGCGAACUUGCGCGAGUAGCACAACCCGCGACAGGACAAACAGUUCUUAUUUUGUCGUUGUGAGAAUUCGCGCAGAAUGUGGCGAUAUUGUGUCACGCUUUUGUGAUUGCGAAAUUUGUAAAAUUUUGUGUUGCGUUGCGAACUCACCACCACAGUCACUUUAUUUUCCUCCGUAGCUUCAGACGACGACAACGUUAAAAAAACAACAAAAAAUCAGUUUAAAACUUCGUAAGCAAGGUUUUCUUUUCAAUGUAAGAGUCUCUUGUUAAACACCGCGCUGCCUUAUUUCAACCUGAAUCUAUGCAAAUGAAAACACUCCAUGUGACUGUGAGUCUUCUGCUGUUACACUCUGCCGUCCUGAAGGGGGCGCCUCCCUCUUUGGUACCACUCUGACCAUAAUCGACAGCAGCAGCGCCCUCCACAGGAACGAAAGUUAUUUCCAGAGAUUUGACAGGCUCCGGUUAAAAAAAAAAAAACGCUGUUUGUGGCCGAUAUUUUAGCCAGGAUUACGUGUAAAAACAACUGGAGAAAUCAGAAAUAAACGAAAAAGAAGUACAAGUUGAAAAAGAGAGUUAAGUAUAAAAUCAUUUUAAAGAAAUUUGAGAGUAAACAAUAAAAUAUUUUUAUGUCGUUGCAGAAUUUUUGUUAGGUAAAAAAUUCCACUUAACGAUGUGUUUUUAAAAAAAGUUACGUUGAAAACUCUAAAGGCAUUUUUUGUGUUUCGUUUUCUUUUGUGUUUAGAUUUUUUUAAAUUUCCUGUUUCCGUCGUUGCGGUGUGAAACCCUUUUUUUAAAAAUGUUUUUAUUUCUUAUUUAAAACCAGGUUACACUGCCUGUAGGUGUCGCUGUGUCUCUGUUUCUGCCUCUCGACAUGGAAUCAGUAUAUUUUUCUGUGGCUUUGUACAAACUGCAUUAAAUUAUUUGUUAACGAUUGUUCGUUCGAUUGAGAUUUUAAUAAAUAAUUUUAGUGUCA